UUUACGGCAACAUUUACAUAGUUAAAUAGCAAUAGUAGUUGCAAACGCAGCAAAACAAAAGUAUCAUAAAAGUCGAGUUAAAGCAAUACAUGUAAUGCAACAACAAGAACAAAAAUUACUGUAAACAAAUUUCCAUACAAAAGUCAACGGACAGCAAGCCGUGAGGAAACGAAGAAAGCGGCAGUCUGAGUACAACGAGAGCACCAAGAAUCAGUGAAAAUCAACGCUGUGUGCAGUGAACAGCAAUUAGCACCAAUAACAACAACCUAAGGAACAAUCCGAAUUCCGGCAUAUACACACAAAUACUACCACAGUUAGCACAAUGGCCUUAAUUAUGAAAUACAUUGACAGUAUGCAACGAUACAUAGACUCACAUGGCGAUUCAAGGACGAAGGAUUGGCCGAUGAUGUCAUCACCAUUCCCAACACUUGCAGUUUGCCUCACAUAUGUUUAUUUAGUUAAGGUGCUUGGACCGCGAUUAAUGGAGAAUCGUAAACCAUUCCACUUACAAAACACACUGAUACUCUACAAUGCAGCGCAAGUGAUAUUUAGUGCAUGGCUGUUUUAUGAGAUAGCAAUUUCCGGUUGGCUAACGGGGCAUUAUAACUUCCGAUGUCAGCCAGUCGAUUAUAGUAAUAACCCUAGAACAUUAAGGAUGGUACACGCGUGUUGGUGGUACUACUUUUCCAAAUUCACCGAGUUCAUGGAUACGAUCUUCUUUGUGCUGCGCAAGAAGACAAGCCAAGUAACAACGCUUCAUGUUAUACAUCAUGGCUGCAUGCCGAUGUCCGUCUGGUUUGGUGUCAAGUUCACACCAGGUGGUCACAGCACUUUCUUCGGUCUACUCAACACAUUCGUGCACAUUGUUAUGUACACGUAUUACAUGUUUUCGGCCAUGGGUCCGCAAUACCAGAAGUACUUGUGGUGGAAAAAAUACUUGACUACAUUGCAGAUGGUUCAAUUUGUGCUGAUCAUGGUGCACGCCUUCCAAUUGCUCUUCAUCGAUUGCAACUAUCCAAAGGCGUUCGUUUGGUGGAUCGGCAUGCACGCUGUGAUGUUCUUCUUCCUGUUCAAUGAAUUUUACAAGAACGCUUAUAAGGGACGUCGCACGAAACACAAAAACUUAUUGAUGUUUAUUUUGCAGCGCAAAGAGAAGGACGACGAUAUUGAUGUGAAGCAAUCGAACAAAGUCGAUGGUGAGGAGCAGAAGGCGUUACAAUCAAACGGUUGCAUCAGUAAUGGCAUUAUCUGUAAUGGUAAUAUUGCCAAUGGACUCACAAAGAAUGGCUACAAAACAGCGUCGGCAUCGCUGGCCAAUGGCAGCGGCGCCAGCAUGAAUGGCAGCGUCAAGACAGCAACGGCGAAUGGCAGCGUGCACAAGAGUGGAGAAGCGCCGCUGUUAGCCAAUGGGCAUAGCAAAAUGGGUGGUGAACUUUCGGCGCAGCUGACGCAACGGAAAUUGCAACAGACACAAAAAUAAUAUAGGGUAAUAGGCGCAGCCAUCAAUGCUACGACGACGACGACGGCGACGUCGACGUCAGCAACGACUAAGCAAACUGCGCAAAAAGCUAAGAAACCACAAAUGCAAAAACAAAACAAAGCAAAAAAACAAACAUAAAAACCAAACAAGGUUGGGAAGAAAAGUAAAACAAAAAAACAAUAUACCUAUAUAUAAAAUUUAAAAUUAAUUAAUUAUUAGUUAUUACAAGAGGAAAUUAAAGUGUAAAAGGCAAAGAAAAAUAGAAACAACAAACAAUAAGGUGAAAAAGAGAAGAAAAAAUUAAUAAGCAUUAGUUUUUUUAUUAUCUGAUAUACAUACAUACAAUACAUACAAAUCAAUUUAUAAAUUUAUACACAUACACACAUAUGCGAUGCAUAAAAACAUUCAAUAUACACACACACACAUACACCUGUGCAUAUGUACGCAUGCCAGCAGGCACAUACAAAAAGCUCACUUUUAUUGCACUGUUAAAAAUAUGGAUUAAAUAAAAUAUUGCAAACGCUGGCAAUUCGGCAACACCAUUAAAACGAGGGUAAUCAGAGCUGUGCACUUUGCUAACUAAUCAAAAUAUAUCAGGUUUAACUAAUUUUUUCUGCAAAGAAAAGUUUUUGAAUAAAUAUGCAAACACAUAAUAUUUUUUAAAGAGAUAAAGAGCUUUCAGCCGAUCGUUAACAGGCGUAACACUUAUUAAUGACAGCACUUGUUUUGAUGAAAGCUCAUUUAAUGCUCUAUAAAUUAGGGGAAAGUGGAAACAUAAAUUUUAAAAUAAAUAAAUAAUAAAUAAUAUAAUAAAUGCCAAAACCAUGAUGAACCUGUUGCUGAGCUGCAAAAUAAAACCAGCUGCAAAGUAAAGCGAAUAAUUCCACUAAGCGACGGAAGUUAUAAAAGCUGUGGAAAAUUAAUAUUCGCAGAUAGUCAAAUUUGCGUUUGAGACCACUGAAAAGUUUUGAUAUGUUGCAAGGCAAAUUGAGAUAUACUUUCAUCUACACGUAGUUUUCAUUAACUUAUUUUAUUCGAUGCGCAAAACUUAUGAAGUCUUUUAAAAAGUAUUUUCAAAUUACUUGCCGAAAUUCAAAAUUUUAAAUUUUUGAUGGCAUUUGAGAUAAAUCAUAGUGUCCUGUUCGCAUUUCACGCGCAAUAAGCUGCCAAAAUGCAUGUCAAAUUUUUGGCCGUGGAAUAGGCGAGAAUUUUCACAAAUUUUUUUAGAAAAAAAGCGCGCAACAUGAUGCUAGCAACAUUUUUCACCUUCCUUUAAAUUGCAUUUGCUAUUUAAAAUUUGUCAAAAGUGGCAGUUCCUCGAAUUUAGAAUUCAAAGGCACGAAGAAAUCAAGUAAAUAAUUUUUGUACUCAAAAUUUUGUGGGAUUGCUUUGAAAAUUUACAGUGUUAGGUGAUUUUUUGCAAUUAAUUGAGAUAUAAAAAUUUAUUUAACUUGAAUCAAUGUAACACUUUUUAUUAAUUGAUUUAUAAUUUUUGCUUAUUCGCUAUAUUUCGAUAUUUUUAAUAUUUUUUUGUUUUUUGAAUUGUGUAUCACAGUAACAGAAUAGAAUUGUGUAUUGUACAACAAUUGCUAUAAAUCAGUUGAUGCGAAAGAGCAUUACCAAACUUACGGAAAUAAGUCUAAACGGCCACUCAUAGCAAAACACAUUUAACAAACUACCAAGUAAUAAACCGCUAAAGUACUAUUUUAUUCUGUUCAUCCCUAAUUUCCAUCUCAGCUAAUUGGUUUAGAACCAAUAAAGGUGGCAAGCUUCGCAAAAGCUGGACAAUUUACCAAACUGAUUGUCAAAUUUUCAGUGCCUCUGACUUUCACCACUGUCAGCAAAUGUAUUUGUUUAUAUUUUCCUUUCAAUUGUGUUUGACAAUUGUAGCCGCUGCUACUUUGCACUGAACCAAACGACAGCGAAGCUCUCUGCCGAAACUCUCUUUUAUCUCAUUGCAAAUAUCUCAAUACAAAAUGCAUUGCCGUGAGAUGUGCGUGAAAUUUCUUAUGUAGCGCACGGCGUGGAAACAUUGCGCAAUAUGCCAGCAAACAUGAUUCAGCAACAUUUUUCCAUUCAUAUUUCAGAUUUCAUGUCAUGUUAUUUAAAAUUAAAACUGGCAGUUCCUGUACGAGUUUUUGAAUGCCCGAGUUUGAAUGCUCCGAAGGCAUUUUAAAGCGAAACGUCUUCGCAAAGAGUGUCAGUUAAUCUUCUUUAAAUUUUUUGUAUCAAUAUAUGUACCAAUUUGUUUAAAAACUCUUUGCUUACUUCUCAUGAGUGUUGGUCAUAAAUUUAAUGUUUCUUCUCAUUUGACAAUCAAUGUUGCUAGCAACAAUUCACUGCAAUCAAAUUCAUGUUGCUGGCGAAACUUUUUCUAUCAUUUAACGUUCCUUCUCAUUUGACAAUCAAUGUUGCUGGCGAAAUUUCACGACUAUGAAGUUAGUACUAGCCUCAAAGGGAGUAGUCAGGAAAAUCGCACAGUGUCAAACAAACCAUUUAAUGCGUGCUGUUGCUCAUAUGCACACACACACACACACAAACAUUUUUUACACUCAUACAAAUGCACACAAACAUACUAUGCAUAUGUACAUAUAGUGAUACAUACUUAUGGAUGUGUGUAUGGCAUACACUUAUGCGUAUAGGAAGAGAAAAGUAAUAAACAACUCAAAAAUGUACUCAAACCAUUUACGAUAAACUAUAGUAAAAGCAAACAAUAAAUGUUGAUAAAAACAACAAAUAAUAUCGGUUUAGGUAUGCAAUUUAUGCAAUAAAUGCAUGUAUGUACUUUCGUUAUAUUAUAUUUUCUAGUUUAUGUCAUAUUUAACUGCUAAGUAACCUGUUUCUAUUCUUAGUUUUUUCCAUUUUUUUCAGUUUUUUGUUGUACAAAAGAUUAUAAAAAUGCAAGUAAAACGAAAACAAAAACUUAUUGAAUGUUAAACGAAAAUAAUAAAAAAAAGUCAUUUAAAUUGCAGCAAAGUGAAAAGGCAAACAAAACCCUAUUUAUAUAUAAGUAUAAUAUUAUAUAUAAUAUAUAAAAACACAAAAACAAAAACAAAAAUGGUACGAAAAGAAAACUUAAUUAUAGUUACACAUUAAAUGCUAGUUGCAAAUGAAAUUAAUUAAAUUAAAAUAAUUAAUUGAUUAAUUGAUUAAGGCAUAGUAAGAGCGAGAAGAGUGUUUGAUAAGAAAAUAAAAUAUAAAUAAAAAUAUAAAAAAUAAAAAAUAAAAAAUAAAAAAUAAAAAAUAAAAAAUAGAAUAAAAAUACAAAUAAAAAUCUAUAUUUAAACGAGAAUGUGGGUAAAUAAAAUUACAUUACAUCUUAUUAUUAAAAGGGAAAAUAAAAUUUAUUACGCGCUUACCACACUAAACACAACGGGUUCCACGACGAGCAAACUAAGCAUACAUGCAUACAUAAAUUGCUGUGUGCGUGCAACUCGGGCUUUACGCUUACAUAACUACACGACUAGAUGCAUUCAUUCUAAUUACAUAUAUACGGAUAUUCGGGUAUUGGGGCGAUUGUAAAACUGUACAAUGUGGUAGCAUAUUAUUAAACAAUUGUGAGAAUAUAGAAAUAUUUCUGUAUA